AGGCAGUGUCCGACCGGCUCGGGACAGGUUCUCAAAGGGCUGACGGCUUUGACAGCCAAGAAGGACCUUUUGGAAACAACAGCUGUUUCCCCCUAAACCCCCAAGAGAAGAAGGCUCCCCAGCAUGGCUCUGUUGGCACCACUGUUGCUGGCAGCAUUUCUGCAAGUGCUUCCUCUCUCGGAGGUCCCUCCCGUCGCCACCGCCGCCUCCUCUCCGCAGCUGCCUUCGUCCAGCCAAGGCCUCCCGGCGACCACCUCCGACACCCACGCCAGCAGCCCCUCCACGGAGUCCUCCUCGCCUGCCCCGUCUGCAGCCAGCUUGGGGGCUCGCCAGACCACCGCUGCCAACAGGGUGCUUCCUCUCUCGGAGGCCCCUCCCGUCGCCACCGCCUCCUCCUCUCCGCAGCUGCCUUCGUCCAGCCAAGGCCUCCCGGCGACCACCUCCGACACCCACGCCAGCAGCCCCUCCACGGAGUCCUCCUCGCCUGCCCCGUCUGCAGCCAGCUUGGGGGCUCGCCAGACCACUGCUGCCAACAGGGCUGGACCCACUGAAGAGCCACCGCUCCAACGGAACCCGGGCCUGGUGGCCGUCGUCUGCAUUUUCAUCUCCAUCCUGGCGAUUGGCACUGUCGUGAUCCUGGUGAAAUCUUGCCGCCCAAAAACAUCAGCGUUCAAGAGGCUGGAUGAAGUGCCCCUGGCAAAAGUCACCGAAGAGUCCCCCUUCGCCCGCCACUCUGUAAAAGAGCCCACGGCCUCAUCCUGCGCUUCUCAAGGCCCCGCUGGAUACCACUGAGGCCACCCCAAAAGGCCUCCUUUGCAGUGACUGUGUGGGAAUCAUACCCAGAAUUAAAUUUCUUGGGUCUUCAAGCGACUAACUGUACGCAAACUUUGUCCUGCUGCUUCAGGCCAGCGCGGCUGCCCGCCUGAAUUUGUCCCCUUUUGGUUACCCCUUUUUUCUCCCGUAUUUGUGUGAAGGGUGUUUGCAAUGAGUUCUAUGUUCGCAGUUGGUUCUAAGACUAAUAAACAACUUUUAUUAAAGGAAA